GGUCCCAAUGCACUGAAUCAAGCUGCUGCAGAUGGUGAUGAGGAAGAAGUCCGUAGACUCCUGGAACAAGGCGCUUCUGUCGAAGGAAUUCUGGAUGAUCGCCAAACGCCAUUGCAAUUCGCUGCUCAGGAAGGCCAUACACGGAUCGUCCAACUCUUGAUCGAAUAUGGCGCGGAUAUCAAUGCCCUCGGCUACAAUGGCUCAGCACUCGAGACACCGUUACAAGCUGCUGCCGUCUCAGAUCGUAUUGCUAUCGCGCGAUUACUUCUUGACCGUGGGGCU